AUGUCGAACGGCCAGCCAGUCCCAACGAAGCUCCGAGCGUCGUACGCCGACGUUCCAUACCAGGAGAUCAAGAUAUCACAUCACCCGGCCUCUUCGCCUACGCCAACUCCAGUGUUGAUCUUGACGCUGCACAGACCGAAGCACAACAAUGCCUUUACAGAUAUCAUGACUGAUGAGAUUGAGCACUUCUUUGCUCUCGCAAGUAUCGAUGAUCGAGUGAAGGUCAUUGUAAUGACUGGCCAUGGGAGAAUCUUUUGCGCCGGACAGGAUCUCAAUCAAGGGUUCAGACUGCAGGGGAAUGGCAAGAACGAGACUGAUCGGACGCAUCGAGAUGGUGGAGGACGAGCAUCAUUAGCCAUGCACAACUGCACGAAGCCCACCAUCGUCGCCAUCAACGGACACGCCAUUGGAGUUGGUAUCACCAUGACACUCCCAGCCGUGAUGCGCGUCGCCUGGUCAAAGGCCAAAAUCGGAUUUGUCUUCUCAAGGCGCGGCGUUGUCACCGAAGGCUGCUCAUCGUUUUUCCUGCCACGCCUCGUUGGUUUCUCGAAGACUAUGCAACUGUUGAUCACUGGAGCUACUCUUCCAGCAUCAGCCAAGCAGCUCCAUGGCCUCUUCUCUGAUUUGGUCGAGAGACAGGAAGACGUCCUGCCAAAGGCCUUGGAGAUUGCGGAUGAUCUAGCGGUCAACACCAGUAGUGUGAGCACCUACAUGAUCCGGGAGAUGCUGUACCGGGGAAUGCCUAGUGCUGAAGAGGCUCAUCUACUGGAGUCUCGGGUGAUGGGUCACAUGCGAGGGAAAGCUGAUAACGAUGAGGCUGUCAAUGCCUUCUUGGAAAAGAGGAAAGCCACAUUCACGGCGACCGUACAGAAGGACUCGCCGCCAGUGCAUCCCUGGCACACGCCUAUCAAUGUGAAGAAUCCGGCUGUUGCUGACACGUCAACGAACGGGAAGCCGAGACUUUAG